AUUUCCACGUUUGUGGUGCGUGAUUAAACGAAGAGAUUUUUUUGAUGGGAGGGAAAAGUUUGCAUCUGAAGAGCUGCAAAAAUACCAGAGGAAUUUGAACGCCGCACGUGAGAAAGGAACGACUAGCUCUCCCUUGUGGCAAUAAUAGAAUACAACUACAGAACAGUACUUUGAUGCUGCCUCAUAAGUAACAUUUUAACCCAUCUCUAAUAUUUAUAUUUUGGAUGACUUUUAACUUUUAUUCCCUGCUUUUGAAAACACGUAGAGUACACUCCCAGUUUUUUGUGACACAAAAAAAAACUAACCUGUACAACGAAAUUUGGAAGAAAAAAAAAAAUCUUUUAGACAGGGAAGGGAAAGUAAACAAUGUGGUUGCACAAGUGUGCACAGUCCCCUCCACAAGUAUUGGAAUGGGAAGGUCAAUUCCUAUUUUUAUUUGUUGUAUACUGAAGACAUUUGGGGUUCAGAUCAAAACAUGAAUAUGAAACAAAAGUUCAGAAUUCCAGCUUUUAGCUCAUGGUAUUUACAUGUAGGUGUGUUAAACAACUCAGGACAGAACACCAUUUGUUUGAACCCACCCACUUCUCAACUGAGCAAAGGUAUUGGAACAUGUGACUGAUAGCUGUUUCUUGUUACUCAGGUGUUGUCUUUUAGAUGGAUUGCUUAAAUAUUGGUGCUUGUUUUUGGCUUUGGGUUUCACCUGUGAUAACUGCAUUUGCUGUUAAGCAAACAUGAAGACCAGAAAGACAAUUUUGAAGCUGAGAGAAGAGGGAAAAUCGAUCAGAGCUAUUGCACAAACACUGGGCAUAGUCAAUACAACAAUUUGGAAUGUCCUGAAAAAGAGAGAAACUACUGGUGUACUGAGAAACAGACAUUGUACAGGUCGGCCAAGGCAGUUGAUGACAGAAACCUUGUAAGAGCUUUGAAGAAACACCCAAAGACAAUAGUCAGUGACAUCACUGCCAACCUCCACCGGGUAGGGGUGAAGGUAUCACAAUCCACUGUUCAAAGAAGACUUCGAGAGAAGUAAUGUACAGGCCAUACCACAAGAUGCAAACCACUCGUCAAUGAUAUAUCAUGGUCUGAUUUUUUAUUUUGUUUUUAAUAGCAAAAACCUGACAUUUGAACAGCGGUGUGUAGUGUACACAUCUUAUAUCAGCUGUAUCUGUAUUGUGUACACCUUUGUCAAAAUACGCUUUUUUAACUAUGCAGAUGACAACCUGAUGUAAAACAACAACAAAAAUAACGAGAGAGGUUAAGUUAAAUGCGAAUGAAAUCUUGAUUAAGAUCUUGGAGUCUUGUAAGGCGGCAGCGACAUGGAGAAACAUGAACCAGGGAGCAUUAACGAUGAUGGCGCAACAGCUUCAGAGAAGCAAGAUAUUCCCCAUUAUUAGCCUUUAUAUUAUCCCCCGCUUUAUUUCCGAGACUCGUAUGAUGUUACCGGCUCCAAGAAUGAUUCGUUGCAAACGUGUUGUCUUGUGCCAGCCUAAAAACCACCAGCUGUUGCACAGUGCGAGUUCUUUUACCUCGUCUGCAACCAGAGCAACCGAUGCUGGCAUUCUCAUAAAAGAUUCUCUAGUAUGGAGAGCCACUGUAGUUUCAAGUCAACUCACAACAGUCCACGCCUCCGCCGGGCCAAAUGACACCAUAAAAACGCAGCGUUCCUCUGUUUGAGGUGCACGCAUGUGCAUGACUGCACUGAUGAAGAUGGCCUUGUCGUGUGAAUCUACUUAUACGGUGGAGAGGAGACCAAUCAGUUGCAAGUUUGUGGAGCUGCAUGUUCUCUAUGUGCCAGACGACCAGUGGAAUGUGAAGCUGAACAAAGUUUCCGCAGAAGCCACAGAGAGCUUCAUAUCUGCGGGCUUCAUCAGGGUUUACCCUGAGGUCACCCUGAAAGCUCUGAGGAGUGAACUAGGGGAGCUCCUGGGUGCAGAGAGGAGCCUAGACAAAUUCUCUUUCUUGAAGUGUGUGGGCCGCAGCUUGGCUCUGGUCAAAAGCAAGCAGGAGAAGGAUGUGAAAGUGAAAACAUUUGCUCCACCAUAUGCUCCCCAGCCAGAACUUUACCUACUACCCACAGUGGAGAACGAAAGCAGCCUUUCCUCCCAUUCACUCAGCCCAGACACCAGCAGCAGCUCCCCGGACCACCCGACCUACUACCCCCACAAGACUUGGAGCUCUCCAGCUGAGACAAAAGAGCCCGUGAAGUUCCCCCACAUCCCCCAGUCUUCCCACCAGCUUGUUCCCACCUCCAGCUUGGAGGAGGAGGAGGAGGAUGACGACGAGCAGGGUUACAGCUCCUCAGAGGGAGGACGUGGCGAGGAGGAGGAUGGUCUCUCUGGCAAUAAGAUCGAGUGGCACGAGAGUGGGGAGCGUGGCCAGAGAAAGUCCAAGAGUCAAGCGCCGAAUAAAGGUAGCUUGGCUCAGGUGAAGGAGCAUCCCAAGGAGGCAGAAACCACAUGGAGAAAGAAGAUACAUCAUCAGCAAGGAAGCAGAGUCGCCAAAGAUUCAGGACCUGUGGAGUUGGUGGAGGAUGGAGAUUCAGACAGGCGGCUCGGGAAAUCACGAGAUGUGCACACAUUUCUGUCUCUCAGGUCUAAAACAACAAGUGGGGUGACAGAAAGCCCAGUUGUGUUAUCCCGACCCAUCCGGUGCACUUCUCCGCCUCCUGGUCUAGACCUGACCAUGACAACCCACAAACCUGUUGUUGCAACUGUCAUCCCGAAUAAUAGGGAAGAACUAAUAGAGGAAAUAAAGCUGGUGAAGGAGGAAAGGAAGCAGUUGGAGUGGAAAAGACAAGAACUGCUCAGGAAAGGGAAAGAUUUGUUGGCCCAGAACAGACACCGCAGGAACCAAGCCCGCGACAGCUGGAAAAAGAAGUAUUUUGAUACCAAGAAGGCCACCGCACCUUUGGAAGACGCACUGAGGAAUGUGCGGCAAGAGCUGGAGACAUUUUACAACAAACUCCUGCAUCAGCUCCACGCCAGAGAUUGCAGAAGCAAGCCGCAAAAACAAGGAAGGUCCUCUGAAAAGAAUGAGCUGAUCAUUCAGAUCCUGACAGAAAGUCAUGACAUGGACAACCUGAAGAGGAAGGUCGAAGACGCCAAGAUGAAGCUGGUGACGGAGAUAAAGCUGAGGAAACAGGCUGCCACUGAACUGAGGGCACUGAAGGCAGAACUGGCCCAGAAGAAGAGUCAUUCUUGUCAGCGGGUGCCUGCGGCGUCUCUCAGCUUUGUGAGCGGCAGGCGAGACAAAGGAAAAUUCCAAAACAGCUCCAACUGAAUCCCAAGAACAAGAUGUUUUUUUUUAAAAACUGGAACACGUGGCUAGUUACUCCUGUAACACCUAAAAACUAGAAUUGACAUGGCUGUAGAACACCAACCAGGCGUGGACUGUAAAAUUAUUAACGGAGCAAUGUGCUAAUUUUUUGUCUGUAUCAUUUUAAAUUGAGCUACUUAAACUUGGUUCACAGCAAAAUACAAUACAGUAGAUAGGUGCAUGUAUAUAUAUCAUUUAAAACUCAUCUUACAUUACCCUUUAAAACAGUGGUGCCUGCCUUGAGAUACUAGUGACUUGACUGACUGAGUUUUUCCAGAUCUGAGCUGUUGUUUUGACAAUUAUUUGCUUUGAUUUGCAUGCAAAAAAUUUAAAAACAGUAUAUCACUGUAAGGUGGCAUUGAAAACUCGCUACACAAGUAGCAGUUUGGCAGGUAAUGAACCAUUCUUCUUAAAAGGCUUCAAGUUGUUUAUUGCCAAUCCCAGUUGAAGUUUAAUGUCAAACUAAAAAUUCAACUAAAAGAAUUGCACCUUGUCAUCAAAACAACCACAUAGCUUUACCUUACGACAGUCUGUUGAGCUUAUUGCAAUGCAAAAACGCCAUAGAUAGGCUAACAAACAGCAUCUGUGUCGUGGUGUUAUAAACCUUAAGAAACAGCUAUUUCAACACAAACAGUGCAUCAACACGUAGAUCGACAAUAUAACAAUACUCAAAGGCAUAUAUUAUUUAUCCUUUGUGAAAAAUGACUACUAUUACUGCAGCUAACGGAAUAGCUGCUUGCUUGUAUGUUUUGUUAUUUCUGUAUUAUACUGACCCCAGGUGGCCAAGGUGCACACGUAAGGAGCAGCAGGACAAUGAAUUUAAUUGAAGCAUUAAAUCACGAUCCACAAACUGCUUAAUUCUUUACAUCCAUUUAAAACAAACAAUAUUAUAGAGUUCACUUUUUGCGGCUUCAGUGCGUCGCGGAUUCUUUCUUUUUUGAUCGUAAUUAUAUCACAGAUUAUUCGCAGUACCGCGGAAUUUUUAGAUGAGUAUUUUCCCACACGGACUGUUAUUGAAGAGCAACAAAGCGUGAGUCUUUAUUGUUUGUUUAUAAGUAAAAAAAUGUUUUUAAAUGAGGCGUAUUGGCAAUGCAAUCAUUACACCUGUUAUUUGCCUUAGUUAAGAUUGUGUUUUGUUGUUUUAUCCUUCUAUGAUAGUUAAAAAUGGUGAAUUUUUUUAUUAUGGUGACAGUUUGGUUUGGAUUUUCUCUGUUAGAAAAAUAUGCCUUUUUACCUAUAAAAAAAAGUAUUCUAUGUAAUUAUAACCUCAUAAUAAGGAAACAGACCAUGUUCCUCUCUCUCUGAUAUUGUAUUAUGACUUUGCUAUGAGACAAAGUAAGACUGUUGUAUGUGGUUUGUGGGGGGGGGGAGCAGUUGCAUGUGGCAAAUAACUAUACCUGUUCGUGCGUGUGUAUACCUCACUUAAGGAGAAAUAGGCACAUACCGGUAGUUUUUAUAGCACCCAUCAGGUUGUAUUUUAACUGUCCUUUUUUAUUUGAACAAGUUUUUACUAAAUUGUAUCUCAUCAUUCUCAAAGUGCUUGUUCUGUGUCUUGUCUACUAAAAGGUUAACAUUUUCUUCCUUGACCAUUUCCAGUUUUAUUGUUUCAUAUGUGUAAAAUAAGGAAAAUAAGUGUUUUUGAGUUGAGAGGUUGACUAACUUGUCAUCUCACUGGUCAUCUUUUUUUCCCCAUGUGAACUUGCAUGCUGUUAUAAUGUGUGUGUGUUUUUUUUUAAUGCUUGUGUCUUCGAAGAAAUCAUAGUUAUAAGCCAUUCAUCAUCUCCUGUUUUUCUCCUCGUAGAGUGUGGCACAAAUCACAAGCACGUUUAAAUGUGUUGACCAAAGGUUGCCGCUGUUAUUUUUA